AUGUUUAUAUAUUUAAUUCUAAUUUCACUUGUCUUAACUAUUCAAGGUGUUGAAAAAUCAAAAUUAUUUUCAUAUAGAAUUAUUGCUUUAAAAGACUAUGACUUUUUCAAUCAAUUACAAAUAGGUAAAUUUGAUAUUGAUUGAUAAGAUAAGAAAAUGGAAAAGCCUUGGUUAGUAUUUUUUUUUAUGGAACAUGAAUAAUAAUCUAAAGAAUUUAUACCAAUAUUUGAUAAAUUAGCAGAGGAAUUCAAAACUACAAAUAUGUACUUCUCAGCUGUUGAUAUGUAUUGAAUUGAUUUAGAUAAGAUAUGAAAAUGAAGAUGUUAGAGAUAGAAUAGUUGUUUAGACAUUUCCAUAAUUAGUUUACUUUGAUAUGAAUAGUCUAAUGUAUAGAUAUAAUGGAGAAUUGACCUUUGAAGGUGUUUCAAACUUUGUGAAGAAUGAAGAAUGGAAUUAACUUUAAGGAAAGAAAGUUCCUAAAGAAAUCAAUUAUUGGAAGAGAUCCAUAAGAAAGCUGACUGGUUUUGUUGCUGUAAAAAUAAGUAAUAAUUAUCAUUAGAUUUUAAUUUACUCAAUAAUUUUUAGUAUAAUUGCAAUAAUCUGUUACUUUUAAAAUAGAUCACAAAAAAAUUUACUAAAGAAAAUUAGAAGAAUUGAUAUAGCACAAUAAAAUAUCUAAGAAAAGAAAAAGAAAUAUAUGAAGAUUGAAUGA